GCCAGUUUGCCCGUCUUGCGGCCAUAUUGCUUUCUUUACCGCUUGGAAGAGAGCACGAUGGGACGCAAACAUGUGCCAAGCUCGCCACGCAAACCACGCAACCGUUCACCACGCAUACUCGUACCAUGCUCGACGUGUGCGAGACCGUGUCAAAACAACCCCACGUCCAUUCGGAAGCUCAAUGGGGUCCUUUUGUGCAUGGCCUGCCGCAUCAAGGAGACGAAGCGGCUCAAGGACGAGCACCGGCUCGAGGAGCAGCGCCGACUCGAGCACAUGCGUUGGCUCGAGCCAGUAUUGUGCACGGCUUGCCAGAGGACGGUGCAGGCCGAGCCCGAGCCCGCAUCCGAGCCCGAGCCCGCGUCCGAGCGCUCAGCUGGAUCCGAUGGCACGACGGAUGGAGACGACGAGGAAGACGAAGACACAACAGUGCGUGACGUGAUCAAGUUACUUAUCAUCGAGGCGAAUGGCGACUUGAGCAAGAAUCGGAAGCGGCGGCGCACAUACGACGACAAGGGCUAUAUGAAGGACCCAAGGACGAUCCUGCAGUGGAACCGUCGUCCGGAAGACUGUGACGCGCCCUACACGAAGAGGCGACAUCCAGACACACAGACCAAGCUCAACAACUUGUUGUCGGGUAGUUUAGCUCGCGACCUCAAACGGAUUCGGAUCCACUUCAGCAAGACGAACAUGUCAACCGUAGAACUAAACCAGGGGUAACUCACCUCGGGUAAAGGAAUACAUAGUUUCUUGUUAGUCAUGCUCG